CGUGAACCGUUCGUGCCCCAAGUCUGAAGGGCAAUCGAAGACGUUUCAAGAUCAGCCCAUUUUGGACACCAUGUUGGGAACUUCGAUGCAUCUUCAAGAGACGAUAUAGGUCGCGAUAUAGAGUUGAUAUCUAAGCCAGCUAAGAGAAAAGUGGCAUGUCCGCUUACCUUACCUCGGUACCUUGGUAGUCUUCGACGUUGAAAAAAAAAAAAGAGCCCUGUCUAAGACGCUGGACGUGUGACAAAAGAUAACCGACGCGUUUGGAAAAUGGAAGCGACCUCUCCACAGCUCAAGCCGGUCAUAGACGGAACCGGCAUUUUCCUACUCCUUUUUACCAUUUGUGUUUUCCUAGUACCCAUCUUUAUCUUCUUCCCCCCGGUUUCCCCUUCCAAAAGUGACGCGGUCCGGCAGACACACAUAAAAGUCGGUGUUGAGCAGUCGAAAUCCAAGUUGAAGGACCAGCGGGCGCCAAACUCGGCAUCGCGGACCGGCAGCUCGGCGGGGAUUCGGAGCCUGUGGAUUUACCCGGUCAAGUCCUGCAAAGGCAUCGAGGUCGCCAGGAGCAAGGUCCUGCCCACCGGCCUCGAGUUCGACAGGCUCUUCACCUUUGCCCAGCUCAAGAGCCCCUUCCCCGUGGGUCUCGGCUCCUCGGACGAGGAGAAGACCCGGCACAGGUGGGAGUUCAUCACCCAGCGGCAGUUCCCCCGACUCGCGACCGUCCAGGCCGACCUCUAUGUCGCCGACUUCGUCAAGGCCACGGGACAGGCCGACGACCGGCCGACCGAGUCCUUCCUCAUCCUGACGUUCCCCUGGCGGGAGACGGGCCUGCGCGGCGCGCUGGGGUGGCUCGCCGCGAAGCUCCGCCGUGGGCCGAGUGCGGUGCCCGAGAUGGAGGUCCUACUGCCGGUGGCGUUCCCGUCCGAGGCCGACAUCGAGGACUUGGGCUACACCUACGAGCAGGUCACCAUCUGGAAAGACAGCGUGAGGGCCCUCAACAUGGAGGCCGAGCUGCCCCCCGAGCUGCGCCUCUACCUGGGCGUGAGCAACAAGCUCGGCCUGUUCCGCGUCGAUCCGGAGAGCUUGCGCGAGGUCUAUCGGUGUGCGCCUGGCAGGGACGAGGCCGGCUACCAGCCUGUCACGGGCUUCCAGGAUGCCUAUCCUCUCCACUUGAUCAACCUGGCCAGCGUCCGCGAUCUCGAGUCGAAGAUUGCCAAGGAUGAGAACAUGACUUCCCUGGACGCGAGGAGGUUUCGGUCCAAUAUUAUAAUCGACGACGUAGAGGCAUAUGACGAAGACAGCUGGAAGUUGAUACGUUUCCGGGCUGCGCCAUCAGGCAAGUCGCCGGACUCGAAGUGUCACGUAUCAUGCCGGACAGUUCGGUGCAAGAUGCCGAAUGUAGACCCGGACACCGCUUUCCGCCAUCCGGUCGAGCCGGACAAGUCCCUCAGGAAACUCCGGAACAUAGACGAGGGGUCACCCCGCAAUGGCUGCCUGGGGAUGCAGUUGACGCCUCUAUUCGAGAAGGCAAAAAGCCCCGACGAUAUGGAGGGCUGGCUGGAGGUGGGCAUGGCGGUUGAAGUUCUGGAGCGAGGCAGUCAUCGCUACAUCGCGCAGUGAAGGGUUCCCCCGUAGAGUUGUUUGGAUAAGAGACGAUUUGUAAUAACAGAACAUAUACAUAGAGAGGGAAAAAAAGGCAAGACAGCGACAUAGAACCCAAGCCGUAAUAACCCGCCCAGCUCAUUAAGAC